AUGGAGUCAGUAAACCAAACAAAAUUUCCAGAAUUCCUCCUAUGGGGCUUCUCUGAGGAACCAGAACUUCAACCUGUCCUCUUUGGACUCUUCCUGUGCAUGUACUUGGUCACUGUGCUUGGGAACCUGCUAAUCAUCCUAGCUAUCAGCUCAGACCCCCACCCCCACACCCCCAUGUAUUCAUUCUUGCCCAACCUGUCAUUUGUUGAUAUCUGUUCAAUCACCACCGCAGUCCCAAAGAUGCUGGUGAACAUCCAGACACAGAGAAUAGACAUUUCCUACAUAGGAUGCCUUUCUCAGUUGUCAUUUUUUGUUUUUUUUGUAUGUAUGGAUAACCUACUCCUUACAGUGAUGGCGUAUGAUCGAUACAUGGCCAUCUGUCACCCACUUCACUACCCAGUCAUCAUGAACUCUUACCUCUGUGGCUUGCUGGUUUUGGGGUCUUGUUUUAUCAGUCUCUUGGACUCCCAGCUGCACUGUCUGAUGGUGUCACAACUUACCUUUUGCCCAGAAGUGGGAAUUCCUCAGUUCUUCUGUGACCCUUCUGAACUCCUCAACCUUGCCUGUUCUGACACCAUCACCAAAAACGUUCCAGCCUAUUGUUUUGCUGCCAUUUUUGGUGGUGUUCCAAUCUCAGGGAUCCUUUUCUCUUAUACUCGAAUUGUUUCCUCUAUACAAAGAAUUCCUUCAUCCGAUGGCAAGUAUAAAGCCUUUUCUACCUGCAGCUCUCAUCUGUCAGUUGUUUUCCUAUUUUAUGGAACAAGUAUGGCUGACAUUGGUUUCACCUCUGCCACGAUCCCAAAGAUGCUUCUGGAUAUCCACACGCACCACAGAAUCAUCUCCUAUGUUGACUGCCUAAUUCAGUUGUCAUUUUUUUUGUUUUUUGGAUGUAUGGACAAUGUACUCCUUUCAGUGAUGGCGUAUGAUCGAUUUGUGGCCAUCUGUUACCCACUUCACUACCCAGUCAUCAUGAAUCCCUACCUCUGUGCCUUGCUGGUUUUGGGGUCUUGUUUUAUCAGUCUCUUGGACUCCCAGGUGCACUGUCUGAUGGUGUCACAACUAACCUUUUGCCCAGAAGUGGGAAUUCCUCAGUUCUUCUGUGACCCUUCUGUACUCCUCAACCUCGCCUGUUCUGGCACCAUCACCAAAAAUGUUCUAGUCUAUUGUUUGGCUGCCAUUUUUGGUGGUGUUCCAAUCUCAGUGAUCCUUUUCUCUUAUACUCGAAUUGUUUCCUCUAUACUAAGAAUUCCUUCAUCCGAUGGCAAGUAUAAAGCCUUUUCUACCU